AUGUCCAACGAAAGCGCGAAAAUUUAUGCGAAACUGACUCAAAAUGCGGGCCAAAAAGCUUCCUUGACGUCCAGUAUAGUACCCCAGCUUGCUUGGGCUUUGCAUAGAUUGUAUCCGGCUCUGAUCAUUUUUGAUGGAUUUCUUAGUAAUGUGUUGUGGUGUUGUGAUGACAAGUGUCUUCCUUUUAUUAAUUUAGUGCUCUGGACCCUGGCAAUUGGGCUUAUCGACCCCAGAGGAUCGAGCUUCGUCGCAAAAAGCGUCUACGUUUGGUUGGGGCUCAUGAGCGCUUUUUUCCUGACGUUCUCAUGGUUUUACUACGUGUCGUCAGUAGUACGCGAUCUCGAACAGGCAGAACCUCCCACGGCGGACGAUAUUGUCAUUGUGAUGGAAAAUGUUGUUUUCAAAUUGAAGCGCUUAGCGGAUGAUUUCCGACUGUUACUGGACAGAAGAGCCUUGCGGCGAUUAACCGUUUACGUGUUACUGUUGACACCAUUCUACGUGUUUGCGACCCAUUUUUUCUGGGGCCCCAGAGACAUCCUAACGGGGAUUUUGGUUAUCGGUGGAUUAUUUCACUCUUCGUGGUGUCAGUCAACUCUUCGUCUCUGUUGGCGCAGCUUGUGGGUAAGACGUCUGUGGUAUUUUCUGUCGCCUCAAAGUAAUGGCGUCAGCCAGGCUAAACCUUACAUUGUUCUCAGUGAAAACUCCGAGAUCCCGUUUCCUCGCGCCCUGGAAGGUAUUGUGGGUCAUGAACUCGGUAUCAAAUUGCAAAAAAUUAUCAGUGACCCGAUUGUUUGGGAUGGUGACCAUGCGGGCAAAGUCAACGUAAAAAUAGUGGAAUUUCAAAUCGACGAAAAUCAACGGAAAUGGCCCUCUGACGGCUGGACCUCAGGCCUUUUACCUUAUGAAAGACCUAAAUUCUCAUUUACGGCAAAUACGCCGUGGCUAGCUGCGUCUUCGCCCUGGGAGUUCCAGGAAAACCUCGACCGAUGCUGGUUCUGGAUGGACGAUUGUUGGAAACCUUCUUCCUGGACAUAUUUCGAUUCAGGAUGGCGUUUCAAGGGCCAAAAUGAUUCAAUUGACUGUUACACAAGAAACAGAACCUGGAAAAGAAAGGCAUACCGUCUUUUAUAG